CGGCAACAUGCAUCCAGCCCUUUGUCUAAUCCCCCUCAACACUCUAUCUCCGGCCUAAGGACUUGAACAAAAUCUGAGCAGCCCCUGUCAGCUAGCCCGUACCAUGUACAGUCCAUACUUGCUAUGGGGCGCAUUGGCCUCGCCUGGGGGUGGGACGGCAGAGCUUCCUUACCCAUGCCCAUACGGCACGAUGCUAAACAAGACCCUGUUGCUAAUAUCCCCCGUACUCGCCUGUGUGAUUAAAAACGCCUCGAACUCCUCAGUUUAUAUAUCUGCUCUUGGUCUCCCUGUGCCAGGACCCGUCUUUUCUCCUUAACCUACUCUGGAUUCUCCAAUUCUUCCUACUCCAUCCUCAAACGUCAACCUCACGUAACUGCCAUCAUGAAGUUCCUCUGGUCCCUCGCUCUCUUCGCUGCUGCGGCUUCUGCUCAGUCUUCCACUGACUCUGGCGCUGCUCCCUCUGCCUCUAGCGAGUGCGAGGCUGAGUACAUAGUCAAGAGAUGUCUCGAGACCGAGAACGCAAAGGUCCAGGACUGCAAGUCUAACGACUGGGACUGUCUCUGUGCUUCAUAUGAGGCUGUUGCUACCUGCUUCAACAACUGCCCAGACGACCCUCGCGCCAGCUCCGCCCAGAGCCAGGUCCAGGUCAACUGCCAGCAGGCUUCUCUCUAUGGAACUGCGACCAAGGCCACCAAGACCAGCUCUUCCACAGCGACAGCUGACGCAUCCGAUGCUACCGCCACUGGUUCCGAUGCUCCUGAUGCAACCAGCUCUGCUACAGAGUCUGCCGCCAGCGCCGAGAACACCGACAAUGCUGCCGACAAGGCACGCAACACUGCUGGUGUCCUUCUAGCCGUCGCCGGUGUAGUCGCUGCUAUUCUGUAAUUGCAUAUUGGAAAUGGUUUAUGAGUAACAUGGAGGAGUUUAAUUUGGUCUGGGCUUACGGCCGAAAAGCGUGCCAUCAAUGAACUAUCUAAAUAAUAACCUAAUUCAUUAAUAUACACUCGGCUAGGUAAAUGACCUCAGCCAGUUGAUGAUCUGAACUACAUGUACGGAUACUCCAUGUGCUUUCCUGAAAAUCAUUCCAAGAUCUGCACUACUGUAGUACGUUUUGCCUCUAAC